GCCGAUCACGCGUUUUGCCUGGGGCGCCAGCUGCCGGCAGCUCGUCUAGGGCCGCUCCUGACGACCACCAUGAGGUUGACUCUCCCCGCCAGAUGCAGAACUCCUCCUGUGAUGCCAGCCCUGCCCUCUGGCCCAGGAGUUGCCCUCAGGUGGAGAGGGGCAGCCACUGGAAGUCCAGAGACCAAGUCAGCGCAGCGGCCUGGCAGCAGGCUGCGGAAGGACUUCAAAAGACGACAAGAAGGAGGAUAAGCCAGCAUCCCAGAUCGGACACCGGCCACGGGCAGGCGCAGAGCAAGGCCCUGCUGGAAGACGCCAUCUCCAGCACCACCGUUUCCUUCACGCAUGCGGAGACCCCAGUCUACAAGUACACCCGCUCCAAGCUGUACACAGUCAGAGACGAGGAACACAAGAGUUUGGUCCUGCAGAGCCACGCCGGCCAGGCCCUGCUGGUGGCAGUGCACUUGCAAGGCCCCAAAAUCAGUGAAGAAGUGAAAUUGACCCUGGAUUUGUAUCGCUCCCCGCAUCGCUCCCCAAAGCGCACCAAUCCCGUGGCCAUGAACAUUGUGGAGAACCAUCUGUAUCUGUGCUGUGUGCUUGCUGGAGACAGCCCGGUGCUGCAGCUGGAGCAUCCCUGGAGCAGCUUCGAGUCGGCCGCCCACCCUGGCUGGUUCAUCGGCACCUCGAAAGCCAACGACAAGCCUGUCAGGAUGGUGAACCGAACCGGCGAGCAGGACAUCACGGAUUUCUCUGUGCUCGAAGUCUAA